AUGGGUCCGCGAAAGCCCCUUUUGCUGGUUGUCUUCCUCACUAUAUUUGCGUCCGUGGUCUUCGUGGCAAGGCUUGGAGCACAGGAUGGAUCCCGAUUACAACCGCAUUUGCAAAAAGUUGAGCAAUGGAUUCGACCGCCGAAGGAAGCGCAUUUAGAGUAUGUCUCCUGCGAGGAGCACUUGGGUUGGCUUGAGCCAUACUCGUUUACAUACCCAAUUCAAUAUGUCUCUCGCGACAUCGUCACCGUGUCUGUUCCGGACUCUGGAAGACCUUCCCUCACGGUGAUGGAGCAACCGCUCUUUGGAGAGUUUUCCACGGUCGAUCUGGGGGCGUCGCAAGUCCUCAAUAGCGACAAAUGUCUCUCGCCUUUAGCACUUGAAGUGCCCCGAGUGCUGGUACGACCCGCGGACGCAUCGAAUAUGAUAUUCGGACUUCAAACGACAAUCGGUCGCCUCAAGAACACUGUCAAACACCUUGCACGGUGGCUACCUAAUACGAACGCUCGUCUUUACGCCAUCGUUAUUGAGUCGGAGGAGAAGCCGGCGGACGAUGCAGAGAUGGCUGCUUUGGAGAAAGAGUUUCACGACCAAGGCAUGAAUGUUUCAGUGAUUCAUCCGGUCAGUCCUACAGACAGCUUCGCACAAAGGUACUUUUCGCUAGGCAGUGUCAUGUAUCAAGCUCGCAAUGGGCAGACGGAAUGGAUUGUCUUCAUAGACGAUGAUACGUUCUUUCCAAGCAUGCAUGAUCUGCAGUUGAUGCUCCAAAGACACAACCCCAAAAAGCCAUGGUAUAUUGGUUCAUUGAGCGAGGACUGGUGGGCAGUCGACCACUAUGGCUUGAUGGGAUUUGGAGGCGCGGGAAUUCUGCUCUCGAUAACUAUGGCGGAAACUCUUGACAAGUACACGCCGGAUUGCAAGGCGCAUUUGCGAACCACUGCAGGAGAUAUCAGUGUGAUGGACUGUAUUUAUCAACAUUCAUCAGUCAAACUUACACACAUUCCCGAAUUACACCAAGUCGAUAUGCAUGGCGAUCUUUCAGGAUUUUACGAGUCCGGCCGAGAGAUAUUGUCAUUGCAUCAUUGGAAGGAAGGAAGUGCUGCUGGGUACAAACUCGAGAUGGAGAAAAUGCAUCUUGUAGCAGAUAUAUGCGAUGAUUGCUUUUUGAGACGUUGGCAAUUUAGCAAUGAGAUCCUUCUCAGUAAUGGAUUCUCGAUAACGCAAUAUCCCCAAGGCCAUCUUACUGGCAAGAAGCCUGGGGGCGUCCUAGGAACUGGUGUGGGCGGUGUUGUGGAUAAAAUAAAUCUUGGAGAGAUGGAAAACACUUGGGCAGACGAAAUCAAUGUUCUUCAUUCUUUGGCGCCAGCACGACCUAAGAUGGGGGACGACAUCAAAACAAGCUAUAAGCUUCUGGACAGCAUGUGGAUAGAUAGUGAUCCAGAACAUCACAUGCAGCACGACACUGUGCGGCAAGUGUACUUCAAAGAAGGAGCGGAGGGUGAAAAGGAUACCGUGAUGGUACUGAACUGGCACGCCGGUACAGCCCCUCCCACGACCAGCAAUACUUUGGGGUGA